UGUGUGCUUACCUGUGUGUUUCCUUGCAAUGCCAGGCACACAGGCGCCCCACAGUUUGCGUUCAGGAGCUGUUGGAUUUGCCUUUUCUCUGUAGAGAGGCUCAACUUCAAGGCAAGCAUGAGUUACAGGACUGUGGUGAUGUACAUGGAGAUCGGCUGCUUUGUGGUCUGUGUAGCUGGAUGGAUCUUGGUGUGUUCCACCAUGCCCACGGAGAUCUGGACAUGGUCGGAGGUAGAUAGCAUAGUCUUGACCACUUCAAACUACUUCUCCAACCUGUGGAAGGAUUGUAUAUCUGAUUCAACUGGAGUAUCUGACUGCAAGGGAAUUCCAUCAAUGCUUGCUCUGAAUUGGGACAUUCACAUGUGCCGUGCUCUCAUCAUCAUCGCUAUUAUCCUGGCUUUCUUUGGGUCAAUUCUAGUCUUAGUGGGAAUGAAGUGCACAAAGCUUGGGGGAUCAGAGCUUGCUAAUGCAAGAGUAACCUUUGCUGGGGGGAUGAACUAUCUCAUUGGAGGGAUGUGCUCUAUGGUUUCUUUCUCUUACUAUGGAAACAAAAUAAGAGCAGAAUUUCAAGACCCUAACUACAAAGCUCAGAAGUUUGAAAUAGGCGUUGGUGUCUUUGUCGGCUGGGGAGGCUCCACCUUACUUGUUGUUGGAGGCCUUAUUAUCAGUAUCUUUGCAGGGAGAGAAGGGUGCCACUCGAGCUCAAAAAGAUACCCUGAGUACCAAUUGCCUGAUGCCUACCGAGUUGUUCCGACAAAAAAGAGCAUUGUGUCUUCAGCUCGUACAGAGAUUAGUGAGAGCAGAAAAUCAAGGACAACCAGCGGCAGCAGAGGCAGCAGCAUCUCUGGGAUCACCGCUACCACCAAGACGUCAGCUACAAAUGCAUAUGUGUGAAAAUAGUCUGUGUUUCUGUACUUCUGUCCGUAUAUAUCUUGUUCUAAUUGUUUGUUAUCACUAUUAUGUAGUCAUAUUAUUUCUUUAUAUUAACCUUGUGUCUAGGUGGAGGCUUCAGAUAAGCCCAGUGUUUUUUUUUUGCCUCUUCCUGCAC